AUGCUGCCGAAUAGCGGAGGAUUUCUGGACAGCGGAUGCUUUUCCUGUUGCCGUGGGAAGCUGUGGCUCGUCCUCAUGGUCUCUCUGAGAGUCCUGCUCGUGCUCUUCGCCGGCUACCCCCUGUACCAGGACGAGCGGGAGCAGUUUGUGUGCAACACCAUCCAGCCGGGCUGCUCCAACGUGUGCCACGACGUCUUCUCGCCCGUCUCGCUGCUGCGCUUCUGGCUGCUGCAGACCGUCUCGCUGUGCGUCCCGUACGCCGCGUUCGCGCUCUAUGUCGUCCACGGGACGCUCUCCGGCCUGGCGACCGGCAAAAACAACGUCGGGGUGCCGGGAGACGGCGGUGCGCAGCCGUGGAGGUCCGCCUGCGUUUAUGUCCUGCAGCUGUCAGUGCAGAUCCUUCUGGAAGUGGGCUUCGCCGUGAGCCACUACUUCCUCUUUGGGUUCUACGUUCCACAGAGCUUCCUGUGCCAGGAGGCCCCCUGCACCUCCACGGUGCAGUGCUACACCUCCAAACCCACGGAGAAGACCGCGAUGCUCGGCUUCAUGCUGGCCGUUAGCGCCCUCUGCCUCACGCUCGAUGUCGCUGACCUGAUGUGUGCGGUCAAGCGUUCGGUGAGGGCGAGGGCCGAGCCCGGGAAGGGAGUCGGCGAGUCGGAUUCUGAUGAGGAUGCGUCUGCGUGCUUGGAUGAACCCGAACCCUCGCCCGCUACCCGGACGUUCCCCGGCCCCGAGUCCGGUGGGCCGGAUGCCGGCGGCGCCCAGGACGAGGUGCCGGAACGCGACGGCAGCCAGGUAGCGCUUUGCCACGGCAACCACUUGAGAGCACCACAGCUCCCGCCUUUCGACAGGCCCUCUCACCUGAGACCGACCCCCUCCCCAAAGCCGGUGUGGGGUCCGGCGGGAAGAACCGAUGGCUCCAAGCUCUUCACCGCCAGGAAUACAGAUCUGUGCCCCCUAGAGGAGGCAGCUGCGGCACAGCAGUCGGACAGAAGCGAGACGCUGGAGGGACGGGCCUGGGUGUGAAGGACACGGGGGGAAAAGUGGGGACGCCGCCGAGGAAGCCGUUCCCUUUUGUUGGUGGCAGAUGCUGAAAUCCCAGCAGAUCCCGAUCCCCACCGAACAUAUUGGUCUGCAGGGGUUUGAGUCCCUGAAGUCACUUGUUUGAGAUUGGAUUUUUAAAAAUUUUUAGCUGGGAUGAUUAAGGUACUAGCGUGGUAAGUGCGUUUGUUGUGUUAGUAUAUUAACUGAUGAUUUUCUCACCUCCGGUUGCAGCAGAAACUGAAUGAGGAUCCAGGAUGAAGUCCCAGUUAGGGGUCUCCUGCUGUUGUACCGUUGAGGAGGGAGCUGCCCUGAGUAGUGCUGGUCAUUGUUUUACUUGUGUAAACUAUUGUGAUAUUAAUCACUUUGGAUGAACCUGAUGUGCCGAAAAAUGGGAUAUCACAAUGACCUCUCCUGCUGCAGACUCCGCCCCAUACAUAGGGUGCUCUUCGUGUCUGUUGCUCAACAGUCCAAUAUCAGGUUUCAUGAGCAUUCCCCACUGUCCCAGGAUCCUUUGUUUCCCAAAAUAAGUUAUUUAGCCAAAGGCGGCGACCUUCACCGGAACAACAGCUGAGACCCAGCCGUCGUGGUAUUCACAAGGCUGCCGGGACCUGACCCGCGGUAACCCGCUCUGCUCGGAUCCCUUUGAACGGUCCGGGUGAGGGAUCCUAGCGGGCGGGGUCGACCGCUCGGGUUAGUGCAGGAACAAGACCGAUGAUAUGCUUAUCACUGAGCACAAGUCUUUAGCUCCAUCACUGGAGUGCAGGGAGCAGUAGGGGCAACAGAGGUUAGAGCCCUCAGCUUGAAAUCAAAGGUGCUGGGUUCAGAUCCCACCUCCUGCUCUAGCACCCUUGAUGAAG